UACACGCACACCAGUAAACGCGCGCUGGAUCAGCACCUGCCUGAGACGCCUAUAAAUUCGCACGCCCCGCCGCAGCAUUCGUCAAUCCAUCAUCGUCCUCCUCGCCUCAGCGCACCAUCAAGUUCAGAACAGGGGAGUUCUCUAAGAACCAUCGGAGAGAGAUCUUCACAGAAAGAGAGAGACAAGCCAUGACGAGGGCGCAGCUCUCCCUGGCCGCCCUGGUCAUGCUGGCCGCCGGGUGCGCGGCGUCGGCGGCGGCGCAGGACUACGACUUCUUCUACCUCGUGCUGCAGUGGCCGGGGUCGUACUGCGACACGAAGCAGAGCUGCUGCUACCCGCGGUCCGGCAAGCCGGCGGCGGACUUCGGGAUCCACGGGCUGUGGCCCAACCGCGACGACGGGUCAUACCCGCAGAACUGCAACCCAAGUAACGCCUUCGAUCCAUCCAAGGUGAGCGACCUGCUGAGCAGCCUCCGCACGAGCUGGCCGACGCUGGCGUGCCCGACGAGCGACGGGCUCAAGUUCUGGGCGCACGAGUGGGAGAAGCACGGCACCUGCGCGCAGAACCUCUUCAACGAGCACGGCUACUUCCAGACCGCGCUCCGCCUCCGCGCCCAGCUCCGCGUCCUCGACGCGCUCGCUGCCGCGGGCAUCUCCCCCGACGGCGGCUACUACACGCAGGCCGCCAUCAAGGGCGCCAUCCAGGAGGGCACGGGCUACGCGCCCUUCGUCGACUGCAACCGCGACGAGUCCGGCAACACCCAGCUCUACCAGCUCUACUUCUGCGUCGCCGCCGACGCCUCGGGCUUCGUCGAGUGCCCCGUCAGCCCCGGCGGCAGGCCCUGCGGCAACAGGGUCGAGUUCCCGGCCUUCUGAACCUACACCAAUCCAAAGGAGCCGUAUCGUUGCGGUUCUGAUUCAUUUGUGCUUCCCUUUGACAGAAUAAACUGAGGGAGCACGAUGUCCGAUCAUGUGCUGCUGUUUUUCCCUGAAUUCCAUAGUGAUCUAGCAAAGUUCAGGAGCUCGUGAUGUUAAAGAAGCCUGUGUAUAUCAAGAAAAUUGUGUAAACAUGUGGAACCGAUUUCAUAUUCAGAGAUCAAUUGAUAGCAGGGACUCGAACAUUA